AGAUCUUUCUUUCAUGUUCUUCCGCGAGCCAACCUCUCUUGAAGGUUUCCUCGGCGGACAAACCAUUUUUCUUUAUUAUAUUUGCUUAUGGGUUUAAGUCCGAGUGAAAUUAAAAAUGGAUUGAGUUGAAUAUGUGGUUGGUAAAAUUUCUGGGUUUUGAAUCUGAUAAAAUUUCUAGAUUAUGCCAAGUUUGGUUUUGAAGAAGUGAAGCCGAACAACACGGUGAGAAGCAGCUCUUGAAGAAGGGUAUUUUGGAUAUGCAUUUCGUGGAUUAUAUCAUUCUUGGUCGCAACUUCCAGAGUUCGUCUGAAUUGCACCCUUCAAUUCAACCCUCAUCGAAUAAUACAAAAUAUUGGAUAUUUGGAGGAAUAGCUUUCUAUUUUUGCUGUCAAUAUAAAAGGCGAGAAUGGAACGCAAUCUUACAUGCGAUCGAUAUAAGUCUCGGUCACAGUGUAGAAAUAAGCAGGUUGCUGUUGUGCAAGCUCACGCAUCUACUCAUUUUCCUUUCUAUUUGAAGCUGGAGAUCUCUCAAUUUGUAACGCCCAUUGAGGAGGCAUUGUCGUAUGAUAUUUUCAUUUUCACAAUUACAAGCAAAGCAACACCAUUUGUGUGCGAGAAAGGCUAGAAGGAAGAGACGAUGGGUGGGUUGUCGAUGAGUUCGGCAUUUGAUUCCAAAUCUGGGCAGAUGAUAAUGGUGGCUUUGCUGCUGAUGAUUGUCUCCUUUUAUGCGGGCACCCUUUUUCGCAACAAUGUUCCUAUUUAUGCCUCCCAGAUCCUCUCCAAGUCUUCUAUUCGUUCUUCUUCUCCUGGCUCAUCCAGAUUCACUAACAGAAUUGCUCUGACUUAUCGUAAAACACCCCUACUGAUUCCUGAAACUGGGAUGGACGUAUGCCUUUUGAAGUACAACGAGUAUAUUCCCUGCCAUGAUUUUUCCUUUGUAGCUGGGCUCCAAAACGUAGAUUAUUCUAGAAAAGAAGAACUGGAGAGGCAUUGUCCUCCUCUUGAAAAGCGCUUGUUUUGCUUAGUUCCGCCACCAAAGGAUUAUAAAACACCUAUUAGAUGGCCUAUCAGUAGGGAUUAUGUUUGGCGAAGCAACGUGAAUCAUUCUGUUCUGGCGGACGUGAAAGGAGGCCAAAAUUGGGUGCAUGAGAAAGGUCAGCUUUGGUGGUUUCCUGGGGGUGGCACUCAUUUCAAGCAUGGAGCACCUGAGUACAUUCAAAGGUUAGGAGUUAUGAUAACAAAUGGUAGAGGUGAUCUGCGUUCCGCAGGGGUGAACCAAGUUCUGGAUGUUGGUUGUGGCGUGGCCAGUUUUUCUGCUUAUCUUCUUCCCUUGGGUAUACAAACAAUGUCUUUUGCACCCAAGGAUGUUCAUGAGAAUCAGAUUCAAUUUGCAUUAGAGCGGGGAAUUGCUGCAAUGAUUGCUGCAUUAGCAACAAGGCAACUACCAUAUCCUUCUAGUUCAUUUGAAAUGAUUCACUGCUCACGAUGCCGUAUAGACUGGCAUGAAAAUGAUGGGAUUUUGUUGAAAGAGCUGAAUCGCCUUCUUCGUUCUAAGGGGUAUUUUGUCUACUCGGCUCCCCCUGCUUAUAAGAGAGAUAAGGACUUUCCUGUUAUUUGGGAUAAGAUGAUGACUUUGACAACAGCAAUGUGCUGGAGGCUCAUUGCUCGAAAAAUUCAGACAGCCAUGAUUAAAGACGAUGACCCGUCAUGCCUCCAGCAAAAUGCUGAACGAAAGCUUAUAAGUCUUUGCGAUGCUGUAGAUGAUUCUAAGCCUUCAUGGAACAUCCCGCUGAGGAACUGUGUACAAGUUAGAAAUUCUCAAAGAGAGUCUCACAAGCUUCCUCCACAACCUGAACGCCUUUCCAUGUUUUCUGAGAGCCUGAGCAGGAUAGGUAUAAGUCAAGAUGAAUUUACAUCAGACAGUCUGUUCUGGGAAGAUCAAAUUCGUCAGUACUUGAAACUGAUGAAUGUCAAAGAGACAGAAGUACGCAAUGUGAUGGACAUGAAUGCCUAUUUCGGUGGUUUUGCCGCAGCACUGAAUAAUUUUUCUGUUUGGGUGAUGAAUGUAGUUCCUGCAAGCAUGCUCAAUACCUUAUCUGGAAUUUAUGGCCGAGGACUCAUUGGAACUUAUCAUGAUUGGUGUGACCCCUUCUCAAGCUAUCCUCGAUCAUAUGAUUUGGUGCAUGCCUACCACCUCUUCUCCCACUACAAUAACCAGCCGGAAAGAUGCUUGCUAGAGGAUAUCUUGCUUGAGAUGGAUCGUCUAAUUCGCCCUCUGGGAUUCAUCAUCAUUAGGGAUGAGGAUCAUAUGUUGUCAAGAAUCCAAGAGAUCGCCCCAAAAUUUUUAUGGGAUGUGGAGUCACAUUCUCUACAGAACAAAGACAAGAAGAUGGAAACUGCUUUAAUUUGUAGAAAAAAGUUUUGGGCAAUCGUCUAAGGUAUAAUAUAUUAAUUUGACAUUUGGGAUAGGUGGGAUUAUAGGGGCAAAAGGAGGUGAAUUGGGGGAAAUUUAAAUAUAAAUUGAGUGAACUAGAAGCCUCUCCCUCUUUCCCUCCCAAAGGUGUAAGCUUCUACCAGAUGCAGUGACCCUUGUCGUAUGUAAUCCCCCGUUUUUUUUUUUUUUAAGUGGCCCAUAUGAUAUUGGGCUGACCUUGUAAUCUCAUUUAUGAAAAUCACCAGUCUAACAUCAAGCAUCA